ACUCCUUCUUGAGGCAAUUGUGACAUACGGGUUUGGGAAUUGGAAAGAAGUUGUGAACUAUGUUGGCAGUAAGACGCAGGCUGAGUGUAUUGAUUACUUCAACUCUGCUUACAUGCAGUCACCUUGCUUUCCCCUUCCGGGCUUGUUUCGUACAAAUGGAAAGAGCAAAGAUGAGCUUCUUGCUAUGAGUAAAGAGCAUGUUGUGAAAAUAGAAACACCUGCACUCUUGAUGAACCUAUCGCCAAAAGAAGAGCUGCCAAUGUCAGCUGAAAUCAAGUAUGUAACAACCAGUGUCCCGUGUGCUAUAUUCCCCUGCCUCGACUUGAUGCUCUCGCUGCAAAUCGGUUCUUUAUUGGUAUGCAUAUAUCCUAUCACAAGCCUUUUUGAUAUUCAGAUUGUAUGGUCAUGAAGCUAUGAUUUUGCAUUUCAUUCUCUGAUGAAUUGGAGUAGUUAGAAGGGAAGAAUGAGUUGUAGUUUUGUGAACAAUACGAGUUGGAUGAGAUGAAGAACAGAUUUUUUGGUUUUUGUUUUUUUUUUUGUUCCAAUU